CGCCAAAGGGGUCGCGACCCACAGGUUGAGAACAGCUGGGUCAGUUAUAGUAAAUAGUAAGCAAUAGCGGGAGUCUUGGAUUGUGAAAUUGUGGGGGCUCCCCACCUACAGCGAGAGUAAAUGAGUAUUUCCGGAAACUUGUACAGUUUUCACAAGGCCCCAGGAAUCUUCCCACCUCCCUCCGUCGGGGUAGUUGACACGUGCACAUCUGCCGGGGGAGUUUCCGGGUUAGCUCCGCGCCCCACCUCUCUUCCAAAAUUCCAAGUGCGGGGACGCCUCCAUCCGCCGGGCUUUAGGACCACUCCAGGUGAGUGGCCGCCGGGCGACUCCCGCUCCAGAGGGCUGUAAAUUACCCUCUUGCAACGUCAUUGGCUGAGAGGCAUUUGAAGGACAGCACUGCCAGCCAAUGGGAGGCCUUCAUUCUCCGACGACCACGUAGUCAGAGCCACUCCGGCUCGGGGUUUGGGUUUAACCCUUUAGAGGCGAGGCCGCAGUGCGUGGGAAAGUUGCGGGUAGUAGACGUGCCACGUCUGCUGGGAAGGGAGACUCAUGAACUUGCCCGAGGCCGUCGCCCUUGAGCCAUCAGCUACAUCCUUACCUCUAUGAGGUCCGGGGUCCUCCCUCUGUGUUUGUAGGAACUUCUGCUCCAGCGACAUGAGGCUUCUCUUUUGGAACUCGGUCCUGGCGCUGUUGGUCACUUCCCUGAGUGGGGCGCUGAUCCCCGAGCCAGAAGUGAAGGUCGAAGUGCUCCAGAAGCCGUUCAUCUGCCAUCGCAAGACCAAGGGGGGCGACUUGAUGUUGGUCCACUACGAAGGCUACUUAGAAAAGGAUGGCUCUUUAUUUCACUCCACCCACAAACAUAACAAUGGUCAGCCCAUUUGGUUUACCCUGGGCAUCCUGGAGGCUCUCAAAGGUUGGGACCAGGGCUUGAAGGGAAUGUGUGUGGGAGAGAAGAGAAAGCUCGUCAUUCCUCCUGCCCUGGGCUAUGGGAAAGAAGGAAAAGGUAAAAUACCCCCAGAGAGCACACUGAUAUUUAACAUCGACCUUCUGGAGAUUCGAAAUGGACCAAGAUCCCAUGAAUCAUUCCAAGAAAUGGAUCUUAAUGACGACUGGAAACUCUCUAAAGAUGAGGUUAAAGUGUAUUUGAAGAAGGAGUUUGAAAAGCACGGUGCAGUGGUGAAUGAAAGUCAUCAUGAUGUUUUGGUGGAGGAUAUUUUUGAUAAAGAAGAUGAAGACAAGGAUGGAUUUAUAUCUGCCAGAGAAUUUACAUAUAAACAUGACGAGUUAUAGAGAUACAUCUGCCCCUUUUAUAUAGCAGCCAUCUUUAAAGGGCGGGCAACCGUCUUUAAAGAAAGUCUUAUUUUUUAACAUUGUUUUAUUCCGUUCUUGCUUUGUUUGUUUUUUUAAUUUUUUAUAUAUUUUUUUCUGAAUGUUAUUUAAAGAACCCCUUAGGGUUUCUAAGUACCCAUUUCUUUCUGGUGAGUUACUGGGAAGAAAAAAUGUUUUUAUCUUUGAAUAAGGAGAAUUCUGGACCAUUUUCUCCUUUCAUCUAUGAAGUCUUAUAACUUACAACUUUGUAACUUUAAAAUAUUACAAUGGGGACCUUGCCCAACAGAAGAGCAAGUAUAGCACAAAUCCGCACCCUCUGUUUCUGCUUGCCCCCAUUUUCACUAAGUUAGACACUGACAUUUACAAGCCUUUUGCAAUAACCCAAAGCUUACUAUUUUCAUGUUAUAAUGGAAGUGUUAUCUGCCUUUGAGUCUCUGCUUGAAGCAACGGGAAGAUGGUUGUUGAACUUUACUUGUUAACAGUUACUGCUUUACUGAGAAGAUGUGCAAUGCUGAAGUGAUGGACAAGUUAAUGACUUCUAAGUGUGUACAUUGAAUAUUCUGCCCAGAACUUAAGCUAUGGUAUAAGGCUUGGUUCCUGAUUGCUACUGACUUAUCAUGAUAAGUAGAACAAAUUAUUUAUGUUUGUUGCUUCCUAAUAAAAUGUGUCAAAAUAUUGUA